AUGGAUUCCCAGGACAACAAGAAAACACAAUUCCAGGGCCUGUUGGAGGACCUGGUUCUUCAAGGAGAAAACGAAUUCUUACUAGGAACUACAAGAUUUAAAAGUGAACUCAAAGGAGUCGGUUUGGCAAGACAACCAGGAUUCUCGGGAUUUCCAACGGGAGAGAAAAGACUUCCAAGUCUUCUCGGAGCUCCAGGACUCUGUGGAGAGAACAAAAUGCCAAGACUCAAUAAACCACCAGGCCUUCCAGGGCAGCUUGAAAACGACGAAUACCCAGGAUACAACCAAGAGAAUCAAGAGUGCCAGUAG